AUGGGCCAAAAACCUAGUAAACUGAAUAGUGAGGAGAUUUCCACUUUACGACAAGAAACCAAAUUCUCUACACGAGAGCUCCACCAGUGGUACAAGGGGUUCAAAAGAGACGUGCCGAACGGAGGGUUGACCAAGGAGGAGUUUAUCAAAAUACACAAACAAUUUUAUCCAUUUGGAGACCCCACUGAAUUUGCUGCAUAUGCGUUUGAGGCUUUUGAUAUAAAUGACAAACGAAAAAUCGAUUUUCAAGAUUUCAUCAAAGCCUUGAGCAUUGCAUCAAGGGGUAGUGUGGAGGAAAAGUUGAGGUGGGCCUUCAAGAUGUAUGACAGGGAUAAGGACGGAUACAUAUCUUACAGCGACCUACUAAUUGUGGUGAGAUCUGUAUACAAGAUGGUGGGGACCAAAGUUGUGAAGUUUGAAGAGAGUGAAGCGACGCCCGAAAUGAAGGCAGAUAAAAUAUGGGUAGGAUACCACAAGAAACUGAGUGACAGGGCAUUCGGUAAGAUCAGCAUACAGGAGUUCUCGGACAUUACCAAUGUGUCUUCGAAGGUCAUACAGUGGGUGAAUGUGUAUAAUGACUUGAUAUGA